UCUCGCGCUCUUCCUGGGGGCGCGCCGAGACCGAAGCCCAGCACCCGGGGACGGAGAGUGAGCGCGAGGUGACUGGACAGGUGUGAAGAUGGGAAUGAGGACGGGGGUGGCGAGAGUGUUCAGACUUCUCCAGGUUCCGCCGGGAUGCAGGACUCCGGCGGCCCACCGGCGUCUGCACAAAGACUACACCUCCCGGAGUACUCAGCGGCAGCGAGAGUCCUUGCACAUGCGCGUCGCGUAGCCAGCUGGGCUUGGUGGCAGGGCUGCGGCGCCACACGAGCGGAGGACCGGGACGGGGGCGGGGCGUCCGCCUGCCAGAGCUGAUGUGUGCUGGGGGCGCCGUGACGCUGCGGCGUACGUUCCGCAGCGCGGGAAUAAAUUCUGUCGAAUAGCUAUCUAGCCUGGAUACCUGGGUUCCAGGCCCUGUUGUUGUGACACUUCACAAGUCAUCCAGCUGAAGGAGGAGGCCGGUUGAACUGACUCUUCUCACGAAUUUCCAACCCAGUGUUGAAUAGCAGUGGUGAAAGUGGAGAAUCAAGAAUUGUCACAGAAGCUUAAUAAAGUGUUUCAUGAAGAUUGAUAUAAUGAACAUCCUUUGCAUAUAUCUUGGUGCACGUAUGCGUGUCUUUCCAUAGAAUAGGUAUCAUUGCUGGCUUGAAGGGUAUGCAGUUUAAAAUGUCGAUAACUUCCACGAAAUGUCUUUGAAAAAGAGCCUAUUAAAGAUGAAUGAAAAAAAGUUGGAAACAACUCCACAGCAGCGGAAACUUCCUGAAUGGAUGUCUGUGCAGAAUGAGACCUGUCCUGCAGUAGAAGGAAAGGCAUCUUUUCAGAAGAGUGUUUUCGAAGAAGACCUCCCUUUCUUAGAAUUUACUGGAUCCAUUGUUUAUAGUUAUGAAGCUAGCGAUUGUUCUUUUCUAUCAGAAGAUAUUAGCAUAAAUCUAUCUACUGGAGGUGUGGUAGGAUUUGACAUGGAAUGGCCACCAGUGUACAAUAAAGGGAAACUGAACAGAGUUGCCCUGAUUCAGUUAUGUGUGUCUGAGAGCAAAUGUUACUUGUUUCAUAUUUCUUCUAUGUCAGUUUUUCCACAGGGAUUAAAAAUGUUGCUUGAAAAUGAAGCAAUUAAAAAAGCAGGUGUAGGAAUCAAAGGAGAUCAGCGGAAGCUUCUUUGUGACUUUGACAUCGAUUUGAAGAAUGUUGUGGAGCUGACAGAUGUUGCCAAUGAAAAGCUGAAAUGUACAGAGUUCUGGAGCCUCAAUGGUUUGGUUAAACACCUCUUCGGCAAACAACUUCUGAAAGACAGAUCUAUCCGCUGUAGCAAUUGGAAUGAUUUUCCUCUCACUGAGGAUCAGAAACUAUAUGCAGCCGCUGAUGCGUAUGCUGGUCUCAUCAUUUAUCGAAAAUUAGAGAUUUUAGGUGAUGCUGUGCAAAGGUUUGCUAUAAAUAAAAAAGAGGAGGAAAUGCUACCUAGUGAUGUGAAGAAACGAUUGACUUCAAUCUCUGAGGAUAUGAUGGAUCUGGCUGAGUGUCUUCCUGACACUUUGAAAAAAUUGGAAGAUCCACAGAGGAUUUCUUUACUAUUAAGUGAUAUUUCAGAAAGUCUGUGCUCAUUGAGGAAGAUGAUACUUGGUUCUACCGAGACCGUUCAGUUAUUACCAUUGGAAGAUCCAACUGCUGAUGGAGUGCAACAGAAACAAAUUAAAGAACAUAAAAUUUUUACUAAAGUUAAAGAUGAGACAUGGGACACAACACUUGAUAAUUUAAUUAAACAUGAUGAAGGAAAUGUACUUCGAAAUGAAGUGAGACAAGAAGAUUAUGGACUUGAAGCUGGAUUAGAAGAAGGCAAUAAGUUGAAAGAGAACACAGAAAGAAUUUGUUUGAUGCCGUUAGAUAUUACAGAACAUGAACUCCAGAUUUUGGAACAGCAGGCUCAGGAAAAACUUCUUAAUGAUGUUACUUGCCAAUCUCCUGAGGAUUUAUCUUCCAAGGAUAAUGAAGAGGAUCUAUCUUAUGUAAUUGAAAGUGAUGAAGAUUUAGAAAUGGAGAUGGUUAAGUCUUUAGAAAAUCUAAAUACUGGCACGGCAGAUCCAGUUCAUUCAAAAUGCAUAAAAAUGGAAAGAAAUCUGGGUGUUUCUUUUGAAGAUGAUGAAAUUGAAGCUAUUGAAGGAGAAGAUGAUGAUGCAGAUCAUUCAUUACCAGGACCUAAUGCAAGCCAAAUUAAUUCCCUCAAGAUCUAUUUUGGCCAUUCCAGUUUUAAGCCGGUUCAGUGGAAGGUGAUUCAUUCUGUUUUGGAAGAAGGAAGAGAUAAUGUUGUUGUGAUGGCAACUGGAUAUGGAAAGAGUUUGUGCUUCCAGUUCCCACCUGUGUAUUCAGGCAGGAUUGGCCUUGUCAUCUCUCCUCUUAUUUCUUUGAUGGAAGACCAAGUGCUCCAGCUUAAAAUGUCCAAUGUUCCAGCUUGUUUUCUGGGAUCAGCACAGCCAAAAAGUGUUCUAGAAGAUAUUAAGUCAGGCAAAUAUCGGAUUGUAUACAUGACUCCAGAGUUCUGUUCAGGUAACUUGAGCCUACUCCAGCAACUUCAGGCUAAUAUUGGUAUCACACUUAUUGCUGUGGAUGAGGCUCACUGUAUUUCUGAAUGGGGACAUGAUUUUAGAAGUUCCUUCCGGAAUUUGGGCUCCCUAAAGGCAAUACUCCCAUCGGUUCCAAUUGUUGCACUCACUGCUACUGCAAGUUCUUCAAUCCGGGAAGACAUUGUACGCAGCUUAAACCUGAAGAAUCCUCAGAUUACCUGUACUAGUUUUGAUCGACCAAACUUAUAUUUAGAAGUUGGGCGAAAAACAGGAAACAUCCAUCAGGAUCUUGUCCAAUUUCUUGUCCAAAAGACAAGUUCCAGCUGGGAAUUUGAAGGUCCAACUAUCAUCUAUUGUCCUUCCAGGAAAAUGACAGAACAAGUUACAGCUGAACUUCAGAAACUGAAGUUAGCCUGUGGAACAUACCAUGCAGGCUUGGGUGUUAAAUCAAGGAGAGAAGUUCAUCAUAGUUUCAUGAGAGAUGAAAUUCAGUGUGUCGUAGCUACCAUAGCUUUUGGAAUGGGGAUUAAUAAAGCUGACAUUCGCAAAGUCAUUCAUUAUGGUGCUCCUAAGGAAAUGGAAUCAUAUUACCAGGAGAUCGGGAGAGCUGGCCGUGAUGGACUUCAGAGUUCUUGUCAUGUACUCUGGGCUCCAGCAGACAUUAACUUAAAUAGGCACCUCCUUAGUGAGAUUCCCAAUGAAAAGUUUCGAUUAUACAAAUUAAAGAUGAUGGCAAAGAUGGAAGAAUAUCUUCAUUCCAGAAGGUGUAGGCGAAAACUCAUCCUGUCUCAUUUUGAAGACAAACAAUUACGAAAGGCCUCCGUGGGUAUUAUGGGAACUGAAAAAUGCUGUGAUAAUUGCAGGUCCAGAUUGGAUCAUUGCUCUUCCAUUGAUGACUUAGAUGAUGCAUCACAAGAUUUUGGUCCACAAGCAUUCCAGCUACUAUCUGCUGUGAAAAUCUUAGGAGAAAAGUUUGGAAUUGGGCUUCCGAUUUUAUUUCUCCAAGGAUCUAAUUCCCAGCGUCUUGCAGAUCAGUAUCGUAAACACAGUUUAUUUGGCAGUGGCAAGGAUCAAACAGAGAGUUGGUGGAAGGCUUUGUCCCAUCAACUCAUGACCGAGGGAUUCUUGGUAGAAGUUCCUGGCAAACGCAGAUUUGUAAGAAUUUGUACUCUUACAGAAAAGGGCAGACGUUGGCUUUAUGAAGCCAGUACAGAGUUUCCUAAGAAACUUAUCCUUCAAGCUAAUGAUGAAUUGUGUCCGAGGGUGUUUCUUCUACCAAGUUCUAAAACUAUACCACCUGGCAUUGAACAGCGUUCCUCUAAUCAAGUAUCAACUGAAUUAACCACAGAGAAGAAGCAGCCUAACUUGGAGAAGAUGUAUUCUCACAAAGCAUCUGAUAAAAUUUCUUCUGGGAGAAACAUUCCUAAAAAAAGCAUCAUGGUGCAUUCACCAGGAAGAUCUUACAAGUCCUCAGAACCUGUUAUUUCAGCUCAAGAGCAGGAGACUCAGACUGUGUUGUACAUCGAAUUGGUCGAAGCCAGGCAGAAACAAGCCAAUAAAAUGGAUAUUCCUCCAGCCAUUCUGGCAACAAAUAAGAUACUAUUGGAUAUGGCCAAAAUGAGACCUACUACAUUUGAAAAUGUGAAAAGGAUCGAUGGUGUGUCUGAAGGCAAAGCUAACAUGUUGACCCCUCUGUUGGAAGUCAUCAAACAUUUCUGUCAAAUAAAUAGCGUUCAGACAGACCUCUUUUCAAGGACAAAACCUCAGGAAGAGCAAAGGAACAGUAUGGUGGUGAAAAAUGAAGCAUGCUCCCUUUCACAACCUGUGGCCAUCACAUAUUAUUUAUUCCAAGAAAAGAAGAUGUCUUUGAUAAGUAUAGCUGAAGACAGGAUUAUGCCCCUCACAGCAGUUGGGAUGCACUUAACCCAAGCGGUGAAAGCUGGCUGCCCCCUUGAUAUGGAACGAGCAGGCCUGACUCCAGAGGUUCAGAAGAUUAUUGCUGAUGUUAUCCGAAACCCUCCCAUCAACUCAGAUAUAAAUAAAAUUAAACUAAUUAGAAAGCUUGUUCCUGAAAACAUUGACACGUUCCUUAUCCACAUGGCGAUUGAGAUCCUGGAAAAAGACUGUGACAACAGACUGUUAGACCAGCUUUCAUGUGCUUCCUACAGAAAGAGAUAUUUCCCCAACUCUGAAGAGAGCUGUUCAAGUUCUAAGAGAAGCAGGGAAGAAAUAGACGCUAAUACCAAGGUUGAUGCAAAACAUCCUUGUGAUUUUUCACCAAAAGAGGAAAGUCAUAGAAAUUCCCUAAGACUAACUUCUUGGAGUCAGCCAACCAGCGAUUCAGAAAAAGAUUUAUUUACAGAUUCUCAUUUACAGCCUGCAUCUGUAACCUUAAAGAGAAAAUUACCUGAGUGGUUUGCCAAAGACCAUGAGACUUUAGCUGGCACCAGCAAGAAAUCAAUGGCCAAAACAAAAAAGAAAGGUCUUUUUAGUUAAACUGGCAAUUUCCAGAGGAAUUGUGUGUGUCUUGCUGUAUUAUAAGAGGGGAGCUGGGUUUCAUUUCUGAAAAUAGUGGCGACCGUACUUCAGUUUACAGAUUAUUCUAAUCUCAAAAGUAAAACUCACCCAUUUGUUCAACAGCUGACAUCUUAAAACAGCCUUGUGCAGUUUAAUAAGUUGAGUCUUCUGAGAGUCUGAGUGAGUACAUCAUAGAAUAGAAUUAUAAGUUAGUUUCCUUUAAGAUUGCUUUAAAAAACUGUGUUACUGCUCUGUUUUCUAAUCUCUUUAUUUAUUUCAGCAGUAUGUUUGGAAAAUGUAAGGGGUGCUGAUUUGAUACAAGUAACAGUCUGGUAGUUGUAUGAUGAUAAAGUGUGUGAUAGAUAGUCUGCAUAUAUUACCAGAAUUCUUUCUUGUGAAUGAAGGAAGCAUAGUUAUUUUUACAAAUUGUCCUUAACUAUCUUUACAAGAAACUCUUACACACAUUGAUAAAUGGUAUUAGUGGACCAGACUAGUGAAAAUGAAACAUUCUGGGUUCCAUGAAAGUAGGGAAAAAUAAUAUAAUAAAGGAGACCAACUCCACUAGGCAACUAUGCACUUUGUAUUUUGUAUGGUAUUUCUGUUAUUUUUUAAAUAAUAAAUCCCUUCGUACUGAAUAUUACAAAGAUAUAUAUAUAUAUAUAUAUAAUAUGUAUAUAUUAUAUAUAUAUUUGACUUUUAUUUACUUAACUACCUUGAGCACUUUUAGUUUUUGAGGAUGUUGGAAUUUGAUUUUAAUACCUUUUUAUGUAGCACAUGCAACUUCGCUAUCAAAACCCAUACUCUGACACUGCGUUUGGUAAACCAUAGUUAAUAUCACUUGAACCAGUUCACCAUCUGGCCUUUAAUUGACUUUUUUGUACUAAAAAUAACUUAAUAAUUAGAAGAAAUAUUGUAGAAGAACUAGGAAAUCUGGAGAGAUGAAAAAAAGAAAAUAAAAAUCACCAGCUGAUAAUCAGUUAACCCCUUCUGUGAAUCCUGUUAAACCUCUGUAUUCACUGCUUCUCUUAGUUUGAUACAUGAAUAAUACUGAAUGUAUUUUGUUUGUAAAACAUUUAAGUUAAAACACAAAAGUUCCCGUAUUCCCAUUUUCAUACAUCUCAUUACCAUUCCCUUUCCAGAAGGUAGCUCCUAUUAAAUAUGUGACUUAUAGUUCUCUAGUCAUUCCUUGAGCACUUACAUGCCUUUGCAUAUAUAACUACACAUACAUUCCUAUUUUUUAAAGUGAAUUAGAUCAUGCUACAUGCAAUUUUCUACAACCAACUCUUGUCACUUAAUAUGUCAUGAAGAACUUUCCAUGUCAGUAUAUAUUGGUCUGUCUCAUUGUUUUUUUAUAGCUACCUACCUUUCUAUAUGGUGAAUAUACUAUAUUUUAUAUAAUCACUUUCCUAUUGGUGAUUUUUGUCCUUUUUUUUCUAGUUUAGAUUAUUUCUAGAAGUAGAAUUAGAGACUCAGAUUUAUAUUUUACUUGAAUAUAUUAUGAACAUUUUUUUUCCAUGUCAUUAAAUUGUUUUCCACAGAAUCUUUUUUUGUGGCUUUAUAUGGUACAGGGAUUCUCAAAGUGUGGUCUGCAGACUUUUAGGAGUUUUUGAGACUCAGGGAAUUUGCAAAGGCAAAACUGUUUUCAUAAUACCAAGAUGUUACUUGACUUUUGUCCUGUGUUAUUUGCAUUGAGGGUGCAAAGCAGUCGUGAGUAAAACCACUGGUAUGUAAGUGCAAAUCAAGGUAGUGACACCAAAUUAUCGAUUGUAUUAAUUCUCAGUCCUUAAACACACAUCUUUUCAAUCUUCUAUGUGAUGGAAUGACAAGUAUGUAUAAAACACUUCUGCUGUGUCCCAAAGUAUGAUGGUUGCCUUCAGGAAAAACACUUGUUUGAUUGUUUGAAUUGUGAAUUGAAUUAGUUCUUUUUCCAUGGAAUACCAUUUUUUACUGAAAAGAGUGACUGAUAGAAAACUAUGAUUGGUUAUUCAGACUUGGGCAUUUAGUGGAUGUUUUCUCAAAAUUGAAUGAAGCCAUCCUAUCACUUCAAGGAAAACUGAUGGUUAUUUGUUGGCAAUGAAAAAAUUGAGACUUCUGGUAGAAUUUAUAGUUUUGGAAAACUUGUGUCUGCUGCCAGGAGUUUGAGAGCUUCCCAUAACAUAAAGACUUUUCUAACGAGGUAUUAUUCAUACUAGUAACAAAUUGUUUUGUUUACAGUGAUAUUGUCAACAAUUAGAAGAUCUGCACAACUCAGUGAACUAAUAUUUUCUAGAUGACUAAUACAUGAUCUUAUAAAAUCAUGCAUGAGUGAAAGAUUCCUUCAAACCACACAGUGGCCCGGUGGAUUUUAAUGUAGCAGGGUAUGAAAACAUUCAUUUACGUUAUAGGUUUCAAAUUGCGCACUGCAACCAGUCUUUAAGAAACUACAGGUUUCCACUUGUGGUAUAGUUUCAAAGAAGAGUGUCUACGAUUAUCUGGAAAAGCUAUUAAAAUACUCUACCCUUUUCCAACUACAUACCUGUUUAAGGUCACACUUUCUUCAUAUACAUUAACCAAAAGAACGCAUUUGAAUGUAGAAGCAGAUCUGAGAAUCCAGCCACUUCUGUGAAGCCAGACAUUGCCAUUCUUCUUGCUAUUUUGUGGGGGAUAUUUUUGUAAAACGUUUUAUGUUAUCAUGUAAUGGAUUUACUGCUGCUUUAAAAAAAAAAUUAAUAAACAUUUCUUAAACAUU